ACUCGCGGGAGGUUUGAACGGACCGGAAGUAGAAGUCGAGCGACUUCCGGCAGUUGGACUUGGAAGAGCAAAGAGUGCUGGGAAUGGCGACCAAGCGGCUCGCGCGGCAGCUUGGAUUAAUUAGGAGAAAGUCAAUUGCAUCAGCAAAUGGGAAUCUAGGAAGAAGCAAAUCCAAGCAGUUGUUUGACUACUUAAUUGUCAUUGAUUUUGAAUCAACAUGCUGGAAUGAUGGGAAACGCCACCAUAGCCAGGAAAUAAUUGAAUUUCCAGCAGUGUUGCUGAACACGUCAACUGGACAGACUGAAUCUGAGUUCCAUGCUUAUGUUCAACCUCAGGAACAUCCAAUUCUUUCAGAAUUUUGCAUGGAAUUGACAGGCAUAAAGCAGACUCAAGUUGAUGAAGGAGUCCCUCUGAAGAUUUGCUUAUCUCGGUUCUGUAAAUGGAUUCAUAAGAUUCAGCAACAGAAGAAAAUUAUUUUUGCUGCUGGGGUUUCAGAGCCUUCUACUUCUGAAGUAAACUUAUGUGCAUUUGUUACUUGGUCAGACUGGGACUUGGGGGUUUGCCUGGAGUAUGAGUGUAAAAGAAAGCAGCUGUUAAAACCUGUGUUUUUAAAUUCUUGGAUUGAUCUCAGAGCAACUUACAAGCUUUUCUAUAGAAGAAAACCAAAAGGACUAAGUGGUGCCUUGCAGGAAGUGGGAAUAGAAUUCUCAGGACGAGAACAUUCUGGGUUGGACGAUUCUCGGAAUACUGCCCUUCUUGCUUGGAAAAUGAUCAGGGAUGGCUGUCUAAUGAAAAUUACAAGGUCGUUGAACAAGGUUCCCACUAAGAAGAAUUCCAACAUUCUGGCCAGAAAUUUGAAUACAAAUCAAGUUGAAGAAAUGUCUGCCUGUAACAGCAUCCAGGGUCCUAGCAUGUAUAAUAAGGAGCCUAAAAAUACAAUAAAUUCUCAUGAAAAAGUUCAAAUGAAGUCAGUUUGUGCAAAUUUUCCUGUACAGGCACAGAAGGAUCAAUUACAAGUAAAGAACAAUAUAAAAACAGGUCUUCACAAUGUCAAAAGUUGCUUAUCUAUUAUUAAUUCUAAGUCCUCUACUUCUCUGGGGCAUUUGCAAUCUCCUACCUUGAAUUCACUUAUCUAUAUGCAAAAGCAAGGAAAAAAUGAACAUCUUGCAUUUAAUACCAAAUCUAAGUCUUCAACAGUUGAUUCAGAAUUGGUACUUGUUUCUACCACCAUUCCAACUGUUAAUCAUGUUUCUGAUAUGGAAAUGAGCUCUACCCUUGACUGUUUACCUAUGUUGACUGAUUGGGAGGAUGUGGUUUUACUGCCAGCAUCUCAGCCUGAGAAAAACAUAGACUAUACAGUUCCCAUUAGUUCAGACUUAGAGAUUUCAUUUAAUUCUGGAGAAAGAUUAAUGGUUCUGAAAGAAUCAGAAAUGCCAAGUCAUGAAAACUUUGGAGACAUAGAGGAAACUCUUCAAAAAUCUGAGACUUCUAAGUCUAUUGUAUACAAGAGUCCUCACACUACUAUUUAUAAUGUAAAAGAAGCCAAAGAUCCAGGUUCAGAUGUUUCUGCCUUUAAGUUACCUGAACACAAAUCAAGUACCUGCAACAGAGUUAAUGCCAAUAUGUCUCAUCCUUUAGUUUUGGGGAAACAUCCUCUUCUUUCAGGUGGUACCAAAAGGAAUCCAUGCAGUCCUCAAGCUUUCCCACCAGCAAAAAAACAACCCUUCACUAUUCAUGAAGAAAAGCCUACGUCCUCUGAUUGCUCCCCAGUAAGAAGUUCCUGGAAGCUUUUCCCAUCUGUAUUAACUUCUACAGUUAACCUACAAGAGCCUUGGAAGAGUGGGAAAAUGACACCUCCCUUAUGCAAGUGUGGGCGAAGGUCUAGGAGACUUGUUGUUUCUAAUAAUGGACCAAACCAUGGAAAAGUCUUCUAUUGUUGCCCUAUUGGGAAAUACCAAGAAAACAGAAAACGCUGUGGUUAUUUCAAAUGGGAACAAACACUUAAAAAGGAAAGAGCCAACAGCAUAGUUCCAUUUCAUUCCACAGGGGAACUUACUUUUCAUUCUCCAGAAACAAGCCAUCUUCGUGACCUAAAUUUAAGUAUUUCCACCAGAAAUUCCUCGAGACUCAGGCCUUCAAUGAGGAAUUGAUAAUCUUUCAUGUAUGAAUUCUAAUUAUUCUUUGAAUUUCCAAACAUGAGUAUUCUGAUAACAUCUUACACUAUUUUAUACAUUAAUGUUUACUGAAUUCAUCAUACUUUCUUCAGGAACCAUAAAUAUCAUCUUUUGUUAACAGUAUUUAUUAGAUUACAUAUAAUAAACAACAAUAGUAUAUGAUCCUUCUUUUAUACUUCGACCUUGAAGCAAGUCUUAAACUAUUUUUAAAUUAUGUGCACAAAAAUGUGACUAAUAAAAAUCCCUAGUCUAUUUUCAGUUAGAUACAUGUACUUUGAUAAUUAUCAUAAUCUUCUAACUGGUAUUUUGUAUUUUUCUAAAAACUUUUAUAAGUUGUUUAGUUUUAUUUCACGGCUUGAACAUUGAUUCUGAUUUGUAUAUCAACAUAUCAGAAGAAUUAGUCAACUAAAGCUUGAAAACCUAUGUAGCAGAGAUUUGGUUCAGAAACUGCUUCUAUACUAUACAUUUAAAAAUUAAUAAUUGAUGACUUUAUUUUUAUAUUAAGAAAUGA